UGCUGCUGCUGCCACUGCUCCGUUAUGGGAUUCAGGAAGAGGUAGCUGUGAGUCGAAGGAUAUGUUUGGGUGUGGGAAUGCCACAAGCACUUUUUGGACCAAAGGUCGCCAUUUCAAUUUUUGAAAAGAUGCAAGCACACGAAAUUCUAAAGAAUCUGCGGCUUCCGGAAUUUGAUGACUUCAGCCAGUUUUUCCGAAAUUUGCCUGCCACCACCUUGGUAGGCAUUGGUGCCUUUGCAGCUGUUGUUGCAUACUGGCUGGCUAGCCGGCCAAAAGCAGUGAAACCCCCAUGUGACCUCCUGAUGCAAUCUAAAGACGUUGAGGGCUGGGAUGGCGCUCGAAGAUCUGUAAUAGGUGACACCUCACAAUUGUUAACACACUACUAUGAUGAUGCAAGGACUAUGUAUGAGGUUUUUAGAAGGGGUUUCAAUAUAUCUGAGAAUGGUCCCUGCUUAGGAUUCAGGAAACCCAAACAGCCUUACCAGUGGUUGUCCUACAAAGAGGUCGCUGAAAGAGCAGAAGCAUUGGGAUCAGGUUUACUCCAACAGGGUUGUAAACCAUCAACGAGUCAGUUUAUUGGGGUCUUUGCACAGAACCGUCCAGAGUGGAUCAUUUCUGAGCUGGCUUGCUAUACCUAUUCCAUGGUUGUGGUUCCCCUGUAUGAUACAUUAGGCCCUGGAGCCAUUCGGUAUAUUAUCAACACAGCUGAUAUUUCUACAGUAGUUUGUGAUAAGCCCGAAAAAGCCAAAGUCCUGUUAGAUCACGUAGAGAAAAAAGAAACCCCAGGCUUGAAAUCCAUUAUUUUGAUGGACCCUUUUGAGAAGGAUAUUAAAGAAAGAGGACAAAGAUGUGGAGUUCGCAUCCAGUCUAUGCAAGAAGUAGAGGACUGUGGUCGAGAAUGUCGGCGAGUUCCUGUACCUCCCCGACCAGAAGAUCUAUCAAUUGUCUGUUUUACCAGCGGCACUACAGGUAACCCAAAAGGUGCUAUGCUGACUCAUGGGAAUGUGGUAGCUGAUUUUUCAGGCUUUUUGAAAGUAACAGAGAGUCAGUGGUCUCCUACAUAUGAGGAUGUACACAUUUCCUAUUUGCCUUUAGCACACAUGUUUGAGAGAAUGGUACAGUCUGUAGUGUAUUGCCAUGGUGGAAGAAUUGGAUUUUUCCAAGGGGACAUUCGUCUCUUGUCUGAUGACAUGAAAGCACUGCGUCCAACUAUCUUUCCAGUUGUACCAAGACUACUAAACAGGAUGUAUGACAAGAUCUUUAGCCAAGCAGACACCCCAUUGAAACGGUGGCUUCUGGAAUUUGCUGCCAAGCGUAAAAAGGCGGAAGUUCAAAGUGGGAUCAUUAGAAAUGACAGUGUGUGGGAUAAACUGUUCUUUAACAAAAUACAGGCAAGCCUUGGUGGUUGUGUUAGGAUGAUUGUGACAGGAGCAGCUCCUGCUUCUCCCACUGUACUGGGUUUCCUUCGAGCAGCCCUCGGAUGUCAGGUUUAUGAAGGCUAUGGUCAAACAGAGUGCACGGCUGGUUGUACCUUCACUACUCCAGGAGACUGGACAUCAGGUCAUGUAGGAGCACCUUUGCCCUGUAAUUUAAUCAAGCUAGUGGAUGUUGAAGAACUGAAUUAUUUUGCUUCCAAAGGAGAAGGAGAGAUCUGUGUGAAAGGUCCAAAUGUUUUCAAGGGCUACCUGAAAGACAGAGAAAGAACAGCUGAAGCAUUAGACAAGGAUGGAUGGCUUCAUACAGGGGACGUUGGAAAGUGGUUGUCUAAUGGUACACUUAAAAUCAUAGAUCGGAAAAAACAUAUAUUUAAACUGGCUCAGGGAGAGUACAUUGCUCCAGAAAAAAUUGAGAAUAUCUACAUUCGUAGUGAGCCUGUGGCCCAGAUAUAUGUACAUGGAGACAGCUUACAGGCCUUCUUGGUGGGAAUUGUGGUGCCUGAUACUGAAGUCAUGCCAGGUUGGGCCAAGAAAAAGGGUUUUGACGGAACGUAUGCAGAGCUCUGUAAAAAUGUGGAGCUGAAGAAAGCAAUAAUGGAAGAUAUGGUGCAGUUAGGGAAGGAAAGUGGACUUUAUUCGUUUGAACAGGUUAAAGCUGUUUACAUCCACUCUGAAAUGUUCUCUGUACAAAAUGGAUUGUUGACACCUACAUUAAAAGCUAGGAGACCAGAGCUGAGAGAAUACUUCAAGAAACAGAUAGAAGAACUUUAUUCAAGCAUCUCCAUCUGAUGCCACAGGAAGGUUCUUCAGAAUAAUGAACUCUGUAGUGAUAUUAGGAUACACUGCAAGUGAAAAGUCAGAAGGAUGCAGUUGAAAUAAAUAAGCACCUGCCCUUUUUUUCAUGCGAACUUUCUGUUGUCUGAAGACACCAUCACUGAGUAAUUUGUUUA